UCCCGUCUGUAGGCUAUUCUUUCAGUUUCUUAGCCCAUGUCCCAUGCUUUUGUUUGAUUUUGUGUGUGUGUGUUUACUUGUAAUUUGUUUAACAUGGAAUGGUUAUGUAGAAUUUCUUGAAAAUGAAUAAUUCCAUUUAUACAACCUUCCAGUGAUUGGCAUUGAAAUGAAAUGGUUCCACACAGUUCUGCCACAGGUUCUGCUGUCUCCAGCCAUCACAGGCCACAGCAAAGCUUGACCGCUGAGGCUCGCGCAGCUUCAGUCGCAUGCAGCUGGAGCUUGGUGUUGUUGCCACAGCAACCACUGAAGAGAAAUCCGUGCAGGUCCUGAUGCUACGGAGCUCGCGCUACCGCAUUGAGGGGGAUGUAGCAGUCGGACACGGGCAGAUGGUACCUCAAUAUCGACAGUGACUCACCGACAACGCGCGACACUAGAUAACAAGGGAGGGAGAAACGUGAUGGCGAUAAGCCUCGGGUACCUUGGACCUUGACGGGAAGACCUUGUCACACGGUGGGCCAGGUUGUCCUACACUUGCGGAUCCAGGAGGAGGGACCAUGUUGCUGUACCAAGGUCCUGGGAAUACCUAUACUGGGAAUACCACUGCCCCUCUCUAGCUGGAUCAUCUGACACCAACUCCCCCAAGAUUUCCUGACGGAUAUAAUCCAAUUCAUCCCUCCAUAUUUUGGAUAUUCCGAUCGAAGCAAUAGUGGCAUUGGCACAUGUAAACAUGGUUCCCGCCUUCUAUACACUUGUGUAUUUUUUCUGUUUACGCAUUUUACACAUAACAGGCACUUUCAAAACCGGAAUGUUCUCUCAUUAAAUUGUUCAAAUGUUUUUGUCAUUGGAAACUCAUCUGGAGAUGAACAUCUCUGAUCCGAGUUGGGCAUGCACUACGUUUGGGUAGCGACCAGUCAUACAGCAUUGUUGAAGAUGUAAAGCUGUCUAACCUCAGUCCUAUGCCCUCAAAUGCUAAUUUAGCACCAUACAUUGUUGUGAAAGUAAAGCCAUACUCAGCAUGCAUGCUCAACUGUGAAUACGAACUCUAUUAUUCAGGGUGUUCAGGAUCAACCAUGAACAUAUAUCAGAGCAUGAUCGUUACCUGUGCAACAUAGGUGUGAAUAUUUACAAAGUAAUACAGUACGUGAAUGUAUUUUUACUGUGAAAAGGUGUACAAAAGUAUGAGCCAUCAUAUCAGUGUCUUAAAUCAUCAUUUGGAUUCCACUUCUUGUGAGCGUCAACGCGGACAAUACCAAUUAAUAACAUUCACUGUAUCUUCAUACAAAUCUUUUACAAAAAUCGUACAAAUCUUGGGACAAAACUUUACCGGAGAGACCGCAGCUGUUGUUGAAAGUGCAAGGUGUCUCAGUGCAGGGUGUCUCUGGAACAUAGCACUGCUGCAUUAGUGCCUACAUUUCUGGCUAGCUGGGCAUCCCUCCCUUCUCUCUCUCUCUUACAAUGAGCCAGAAGUUGGAGAAGUUGACCUUGGAGACGGACCAGAGCUUCCAGCCUCUGGUCUACACCGUGGAGGAGCUGGAGUGUAAGAUUUGCUACAACCGUUAUGACACACGCACCCGCAAGCCCAAGGUGUUGGGCUGCCUCCACCGCGUCUGCGCCAAAUGCCUGAAGAAGAUCGUGGAGAACUCGUCCCCCAGCAUCGUCAGCUGCCCCUUCUGCCGCCACGAGACGCACGUGUCCGACGAUGACAUCUGGCUGCUGCAGGACGACAGCAACAUCCUGGCCAUCCUCACCUACCAGGACCGCGCCAGGAAGAGUGGCGGUUCCAUCACCCCGAGUGGGGAGGUGCUGCUCACUCCGGGCAGCCUGAGCGGGAGCGGCGGUGUAGAGGGUGGCUGUGGUGGUUCUGGGGGCGGCUGCGUCACAACCAGUGAGCAGUCACACAGCUCCUCCGACUGCCUGGUCAUCACCAUCAUGGAGGUGCCGGGCGAGUCACAGUCAUCAGACUCCAUGAGCAUGCUCAAUAUGGUGCGCCUGUACCGGCCCGCCAGCCUGGCCUCGCUGCCCUGCCACCUGCCCGCGCAGAAGUGCGGCGCAUGGACCUCUCGCACCUUCCCCAGCUUCCUUAUCGGCGUCCUGUGUCUAGUCUACUUCUCAUCGCUGCCGCUGGGCAUCUAUCUUCUGAUGAUCCAGCAGCUCACCCUGGGAAUUAUUCUGGUCAGCCUGGUCCCCUCCACCCUGGUUCUGUGUGUCUUCUACGGCUUCUGUCAAUGCCUGUGCCAUGAGAUCAUGCAGUCCAUAGCCACAUAGCCACGUCUCCGCUUUACUCCCCUCCCCCAUCCUAAUACCAAUGUAUUUCUAUCAGUGGAUGUGACAUAGCAAGACCUGUAAAAGACAAAGCCAAAUCACCAAUGCAAAUCUAUACCCCCUGUCCUUUUGUAAAAUACACCCCCACCCCUUCCUUUUACCUUCUUCAGAUAAUACCAGCACUAAAACUUCCGAGUGACCACUUGGAUUUGGAUGUAUGGCUUGACUAUUCAAGACAAAUUGUGAAAGGCCCACGGCCUGAUGAAUGGUUUUCUAAUUACACAGCUCAACCUGCAUCAGAUUGCUGCCGUUUGUGUUCAUGCAGCUCACCGGAAUGGGCUUCAGUUAUUACUGUGAUGAUCACCAAACUGUAUUGUUCAAAACGAAUAUGAUCCUCUUAGUGUUAACCGUACUGUGGUAGAAUACCCAUCUGCUCGACCUAUGGGCAACGGACUAUGAAAACCCAUAGUUUUAAGGAUGUAUUCAGACACUCAGCAUAGUCACCAUGUAUACGCCAUGUUCCUAGUUGCCUUUUAAAGGCAUGUCUGUUUGUGCCCCUACAGUAACUUAACGUUGUAAAACCUGUUUGUGUCAUUGCAUUGGGAACGGACAAACCGCCUAAACUGUUACUAGAUAUUUCAAUAAAAGACUCAAGACA